AUGAAAGCAGCUGGAUGGAUGAUUUUUAUUGGAGAUAUGUUACAUAAUUUUAUUGAUGGUUUAACAUUAGGUGCAGCUUUUAUGGUAUCCAUUGGUGAAGGUCUUCGAAUGACUUUACCAAUAGCAUGUGAAGAAUUUCCACAUGAACUUGGUGAUCUUGCUGUUUUACUUAGUAGUGGUUUAAGUAUUGGACAAGCAAUCAUUGUCAAUUUUCUAUCAGCUUGUAGUUGUUAUCUUGGAUUUUUUGUUGGCGCAAAAUUAGGAGAAUUAGAAGAAUUUCAUCCAUGGAUAUAUGCUUUAGCUGGUGGAAUGUUUGUGUAUGUUGGACUUGCAGAUAUGGUACCAGAACUUGUUUCAAUGGGUGAUGAGAUAGAAAAAGAUCAUAUUGACUCGAAGAAAUCCAUAACAACGAUUUUAAAACUUAAAAUAUUAUUAUGUCAAAAUAGUGGUUUUAUUCUUGGUGUUAUUCUCAUGUUUCUACUUGGAAAAUAUGGUACACAUUUAGAAAGUCUCAUUCACUUCUAG